UGAACGCACCAUAAGGGGCGGAGCUUGCAUUUGAGCGUACAGCGGGGAAACUGCAUAGCCAUGGAGCUGUCGUGUUUUGUGUUAACUUGAAAGCGACUUGUCUAAUUAUUUCACCUUAUCCGGGUAAAAAUUAAACAUUUCAUGUAAAGUUAGGGAGUUAUAAGUUAUAACGAAGGGCUGUGUAUUACCUACGCCUUUGUUUGGCUGAUCUGUGCACCAGUAACAUGCCCAUUCGAGCAUAUUGCACUAUUUGCUCCGAUUUCUUUGAUCACUCCAGAGAUGUUGCUGCCAUCCACUGCGGACACACUUUCCAUUAUGACUGUCUUCUUCAGUGGUUUCAGACGGCCCACAAAACCUGUCCACAGUGCAGGAAACAGGUCAGCACCAGGCACAUUAUCAGCAAGCUGUUCUUUGACAGUGUAGAGGAGGAGGGCACGGCUGAUCCGGAAAGCUUACAGAAUGAGGUCAGUAGAAUGAAGGCACUCCUGAGCUCUAAAGCGAGACUUACGGCGGACAAACAGAAGGUGGUGGAGUUGAAGGACUCUGUGGACAAGCAGAGGAGAGACCUGGACAGUUUGCGGAAGGAGAUUAAAGAAAAGGAGAUGCUCUGUUCUGCCCUCAAAACACAGAUGGCAUAUUUGGAGACACAACAGAAUGAAAUUCAGGCUGCCAAAGAUGAGGUCCGGAGACUGAGGACCAAGAUGAAAACUUUUGAAAGUCUGGAUAUGGUGUUACAGGGCCAUAGAGCAGAGGUUGAGUCCAUGAUCACAGAUAUGGGCAUCAGCCAGGCAGCGGUGGAGCAGCUCUCCAUCUACUGCGUCUCUCUGAAAAAGUAUGAUAACCUCAAAGGAACCCUGAAGGCUUCAAAUGACAUGUGUGAGAAGCUGAAGAGAGAAGUGCUCUCUUCAAACACCAAGUUACAAAAAGCUGCAAAAGAGGUGAAUCAAACCAAAGAGGACAUGAAAUCUCUGCAGAGCGAUCUGUCCAAUGCUGACAAAGAGAUCUCUAGUCUGAAGAAGAAGGUGGAGUUUCUUCAGAAGACUCUGAGCACUCCGAGGACAAACGAAGCCGUCAGUCGGCUUGUCUUUGAAAGCCCGGCCCCACUGGAGCUGAAGCAGCCUCGUCUCCACCAGCCAGCGGAUAGCGAGGACAUUGACCUCAACAUGACCUAUGACAUCACUACUCCAGACGAUGGGGCCAAAAGCCCAAUGCAGGUCCCCUCGAAGAAGAUGUGCCUUGACCCACCUGUAGCAUCCGUGUCCAAACACAAUGAGAAAACUUCGGCUUUAAGCAAGAAUCAUGAUGAAGAGCUCGCACUGGAUCCUUUUUUGAGGAACUCCCUCCUCUUCAGAAAGAAAACCUUCGGUAGCAUGUUGGAGCCUCAGAGGAGAGCCGGAGCUGUCAGGACCGGUUAUGAUGGAUUAGGAGGACGAACUAAAUUCAUCCAACCUUCUCCUUUGUCACAGAUUCGUCCGCUGAUGAAAGCUAAAAGGAAAAAGGUAACCCGACCCCCAUCCAAGACCACCACUUGCCUGACCUUGGACGGGUUCUUUGAGUAAAUGGUGUCAUGGUGUCACUCCAGACUUCUGUGAAGAUGCAUGUUGGUGGUGCUCUGCACCAAAGAACUGGGCUGGCUGUGGCUUUUGCCACUGAUCUCCAGAUAAGCAUCUGUGAAUGAACUUUAUCUAAAAGGAGAAACAAAUGCUGACUUUUGGAUGACCAGCAAACCCUGCUGCACAUUUUUCUUUAUUCUGAUAUGAACUUGUUUGUGUAGACGAUGUCAGGACCCACCUUGGGUUUUGAAGCCUUAUAGUUCUGUGUGUGUGAGAGUGAAACCAGCUACUUGACAUUCAGUUAUUAGGGCUGUGAGCUCUGAUCUCUUUAUCGCACCAUCGGAAUAUUUAGCCAGCACAAAACUGAUGAAACAAAUCAGAUGAGCGUUGGCCACUGCUGCUGGUAAAUGUAAUUUUCUUUGGCCAGUAUCAGUAUUGACAGGGGAGAUAUGAGUGCAUCCCUCUAUUAUGUCAUCAACUGUCACCAGCUUGUCCUUCUCAGUACAAUAAAAUGUUUUUUUUUAUUUUUUUGUUUGUUUUUUUUGCUCCGUCUCCACAGAUUAAUCUACAUGUAGAUUUACUGUAGGUAUUUUUUAGUUUUAAUGGGUCU